GAGCCGACCCACACCUACCCACUCCGCUCUCGCGGUCCCCUCCCUCUCACCGGUGGUCCUCUAUCCCCAUACCACAACCCAUAUCUCCCCCCMCCUCCCACCAUGCCUACCUCUCUCCCUCCACCACCCACGGACAUGGGUAUAGUGGAGGAGAUCGUUGUGGCGCCGUCCACCUCUCAGGCGUCCACCCUCCCGACGGUCUAGGGUCAACACGGUAUGGACCCCACGGACCUUCGCGCUGUUCUUGCGUCCCUCCUUGCACCUCUAGAAGCGCGACUCGAUGCGCUUGUACCCCUGGAGACGCAAGUCAAUGCGCUCGCCCUUGAAGUUAACCGACUCAAGGGUUCCCCUCAUCGCUCCCCCCACCGCUCCCAGACCCCAUCGCCGACCAGCUCGGCGUCUGGCUCUCCACGACUCCAGAGACGGAGACGUGGCGGUUCGUCCUCCUCUGCGGGCCAGGCCCAGCACACCCCCGCCCCAGUGGUGAGUGUUGCUGCUGCCCAGACCACACCGUCUGUUGCGGUACAGGCAUCGGUUGCCGCCGCCGCCCCCGUCGCCCCUGCCGCUUCGGCCACUGCCGGCUGUGCUGCCGCCCAGAUACCGACGUCUGGCCAGGCAGUCUCAUCUACCCACCCCGGUGCUGCAUCACAGCUUCCUGCACCGAUCAUCACGCCACUUCGGCUCGGAGCUCUUCCUCUCCCUGCUAGGACACUCCCUCCGCCUCCUCCACCCCCGACCCCGCGCACCCUGCAAGUGGCUACCUUACAAGCCACUGUGGCCCAUCUCCAGGCGGAGAUUCUCUCCCUUCGGCAGCCUCACCCUUCACAGGCUGCGCACCCUUCUUCUUCUUAUACCGUCCCUACCACCACUGUCUUACCSGCUCGCUUCCCUCGACAGCCUCCCCCCCCACUACCCUACUACCUUGCUACUCCGUCACAGUCGGCUGCAGCCGUUACCUCCACGCCUGCUGGACCUUCCACCAGCGGCCCCGGCUCACAGCCAGCCUCCACGUCCACCCCUACACCGGCUCCAACAUCUACCUCUGCACCGGCGCCGACACUUGCCGCCGUAGUGCAGACCCAUCAGCCCCUCUCUCCUCGCCGCCACCACAGCGGUCCCACCCUUGUGCGUCUGUCGGACAUCCCCGACUUCGAUGGUACGAUGCGUGUGACUCAUUGGUUGCAGGCUGCCACACGCGCACUGACACUGACUAACACUAGUCAGGACUUGUGGUGCUCCGCUCUCGCAACUAAAUUGCGAGGCAGCCCGUUCUCCGCGUGGGAGAACUAUUUUGCCCAUCGUGCUCGUGCAGGUGAGGCGCCCACCCUCGAGGAGUUCACCGCGUUCCUCCACGACCGCUACGGCACCCUCCAUGAUACGACCGACGCCAUARAUCGGGUCACCCAGACGCAGUGGCGCGGAUCCUCCGCACCCUCCGACCUCGAGCAUCACAUCCRGGUGUUUCAGGAUGCCCGCCUCAUUUGCGAUGAGGCACUCCUACCUGAGGUCCUUCUGACCAACAGGUUUGUAGUCAGUCUCCCGACUGAUUACYGUAUCGAGCUCUGGCGACAGMGCUUCGCCUCUGCCGAGCAAGCCUUCGAGGCUGCUCGACAGUACCAGAAGAUGCGGAACCGCUUCUCCGACACCCAUCUUCUUCGCGAUCCACCGCCGCCGCCACCCAGUCACGUGGUGCUACCCGCGGUCGAUCCUCCUUCGCUGGCCGGUUUCGCUGACCCGCCCGACCUGGAGCGUCGUUCUCCCGGCGCUACAGUUCUCUGGAGUACGGCGAGGACGCCUCGGCCGAGUCUGACCCUGCCCUUGGGGACGCCCCUGAGGACAUUGAGCUACGAGACGUCGUCCAGUAUCACUUGGAUGACGACACAGUUCCGAUGGCCGAGCGUUUGGCRCUGGCCAUGUCUGCCAUGGGUCGUGCUCGUAGUCAGGUUGCACAGGCUGGCGCCCGCACACCACGGUCCCUCAGAUAGACCUCCCGCAGGGUUAUGUCCCUCCUCGCGGAGCCCUAUCUCCUGAGGAGCGUGCAGCCCUCGAGGCCCGGCGCGGCUGCCUUCGUUGCCGCCUGGAUGGACACACGUCCUCACGGUGUCCAUACCAUAC